AACAAAUUGUGGCGAAGUUGCGCGAUUCUAAUUCGAAUUACUUUAGUGGAGAGUGAUAUUGUGUGAAGUUAUCACCAGGAAGCAUUCGUAUCUUUCUGUGGGACAAUUAUAACAAGUGUCAAAGCAGUCGGCUCGAAGUGCGCCAAAUCGCCAAAACAAAUACGAAGGACAGUAAACAAUACUACUGCCGGAAUUGUUUCCUCACUCAGGCACCAAAAAUGGCCCAAAUGGAAAAAUCGCUACAGUCUGCUUCUACAGUGGAGGAAGAGGAAGAUUAUGGACCACUGUUGAUCGGGAAGCUGGAGGGCAAUGGCAUCACUAACGGGGAUAUUAAAAAGCUUGCGGAAGCAGGAUUUCACACCGUGGAAGCUGUUGCAUAUGCGCCAAAGAAGCAACUGCUUGCGAUCAAGGGCAUUUCCGAGGCGAAGGCAGACAAAAUACUCCAGGAAGCAACGAAACACGUACCGAUGGGUUUUACGACAGCGACCGAAUACCAUCAGAAACGGUCGGAAAUUAUUCAGUUAACAACGGGAUCAAAGGAGUUGGACAAACUGCUCGGUGGAGGCAUUGAGACCGGUAGCAUCACGGAGAUGUUCGGCGAGUUUCGGACCGGUAAAACACAGCUAUGCCACACGCUGGCCGUGACGUGCCAGUUGCCGGUUAGCCAGAACGGAGGCGAAGGCAAAUGUUUGUACAUCGAUACGGAGGGAACGUUUCGACCGGAGCGACUGCUAGCUACGGCCGAACGGUACAAACUGGUCGGUGCGGACGUCCUGGACAAUGUGGCGUAUGCGAGAGCGUACAACACCGACCACCAGAUGCAUCUGCUAAUGGUAGCGUCGGCCAUGAUGGCGGAAUCGAGAUACGCGCUCAUCAUAGUGGACAGCGCAACCAGCCUGUACCGGACAGAUUACAGUGGCCGAGGAGAGCUCGCAGCUCGGCAGACACAUUUGGCGAAGUUUUUGCGCAUGUUGCUACGACUGGCGGACGAGUUUGGGGUAGCGGUUCUGAUUACGAAUCAAGUCGUAGCACAGGUGGACGGUGCAGCCAUGUUUAAUCCGGAUCCGAAGAAACCGAUUGGCGGUAACAUCAUAGCGCACGCGUCUACCACCCGCCUGUACCUCCGGAAAGGUCGGGGUGAAUCAAGAAUCUGUAAAAUAUACGACUCGCCGUGUUUGGCGGAAGGGGAAGCCACAUUCGCUAUCAAUCCGGAUGGAAUAGGCGAUGUGAAGGAAUAGAGCUACCUCGCGCACUGCCUUCAUUGCAAAUGCAGCACUAUAGAUAGGAAUAUUAAACUCCCAAUUAUUUUGAUAAAUGUAAUAUUUG